AUGCCCGAGACACGCACAAUGCUGGGGACUGCUACCGCAAACAACUGCGACGUCAACACAGACGGUAACUCAGGAUGCGGUGUGCAGAACCCAUCUUCGAACAGCUUCGGCCCCGACUUCAACAGUGCAGGCGGUGGCUGGUAUGCGAUGGAGCGAACCAAUAGCUACAUCCAGGUGUGGUUCUGGUCGCGGACCGAUGGUAGCGUUCCUUCGCAAGUAUCAAGUGGAGCUGUAAGCUCGAUCGACACAUCUACUUGGGGUGAGCCCACUGCGCUGUUUCCGGAUACUUCAUGCGAUAUCGCCGAUUCUUUCGGGCCCAACAACAUCAUAUUCGAUCUGACGCUCUGUGGAAGCUGGGCUGGUAUCGCAUCUGUCUACAGUGACGCAGGGUGCUCUAGCGAUUGCGUCGACUAUGUCAACAACAACCCUAGCGCUUUCACCAACGCUUACUGGGAUGUCGCAGGUGUCUACGUUUACACGUAG